AUGACAGCGCAGUCCUACCGUUCUCUGAUGCCCCCUACAUACGCGCGACUUUCUGCCGCGGAACAUGGCACCAACUCACCUGACGGUGGCCUAGGAAGCAAUCCCCGCCUGGCCGCGCUUCUUGCCUCGAGACGCUUUCGUUGGAUUGCCUGCCUGGGCAUCUUGAUCACCUUCGCUUUGCUUGGUCUACCGGGCCAUGAUCACUUCGCCGGUUCGGUGCCAGCACGAAAGGCGGGACAACCAAGUAUUUCAAAGUCCUCGCCGUCAAAAGCCCCUGACCAUGGCCAUGACUGGUCGCGCUUCGCAUACAUUCAAUAUGUCACCAACAGCGAGUACCUCUGUAACUCGGUCAUGUUAUUCGAGAGCCUGUUCAGGUUGCAGAGCAAAGCAGACCGUGUCAUGAUGUACCCCAGGCGCAUGCUGGAGCCCACGGCAUCCGAGAGUGCCACGCUCGAUGGUCGUCUUCUCAUCAAGGCGCGUGAACAGUACGGCGUCAAGCUGGUGCCCAUUGAGGUUCAGCAUAGAACCGGUAAAGAUUCAACAUGGGCGGAAUCCUUCACGAAGCUCCUGGCCUUCAACCAGACCAGCUACGAUCGCGUCCUCUCGCUCGACUCGGAUUCGGCCGUAGUCCAGAACAUGGACGAGCUCUUCCUGCUCCCGCCCUGCCCCGUCGCCAUGCCCCGCGCCUACUGGCUCUUCCCCGAGAAGCCCAUCCUCGCGUCUCAGUUACUACUCGCCACCCCCUCUGCGACCGAAUUCGCCCGCAUCCAGGAGCGCGUCAACGCUGCUGGGCCGGAUGACUACGACAUGGAAAUCCUCAACCAACUUUACAAGGACACGGCCCUUGUCGUACCCCACCGUCCGUAUGGCCUGUUAACGUCAGAGUUCCGCGCGACGACGCACGAGAUGUACCUCGGCUCCAAGGAUGAGGUGUGGGAUCCGGUGGCUGUCUUCAACGAGGCCAAGUUUGUGCAUUUCUCGGACUGGCCUGUUCCCAAGCCGUGGCUGCCGACGCCCGAACACCUGCUGAUCGAGAAGCAGCCGAAAUGUGUCAAGAAAGAAGAUGGGAGCGAGGACUGCACGGCUCGAACAAUCUGGAACCGUAUCUAUGCCGAGUUCAGGGCGAGAAGAAAGGAAAUUUGCAACCUUGCAUGA